AAUGCCCCGCCGCAACCCCUUGUGGCUCCGACUCCCUGGCUCAUCGUCCCCAUCAUCUUCCUCGACUACCGAGGAACUCCGUCUGGCCGCCCUGUCACCGUACAGCCCAAAUGAUGACAUCUCCUCGAUCCCCGACUCUUUGGAGCAUUCGCCGGCAAAAACUUCCGAUGAUGGAUCUGAAAUUUCUAGAGCAAAGUGAGUAUCCUGUUGUCUUGCUCUAAAAUUGUUUCCUUAAAUAGUUUCAGUUUCAGCUCUCCAAGCUCGCCGUCUCGUUCCCCGAGCAAGAAAGUAUCCUGGUCACUAUUUGAUCAGGUCUCUCUGUCCGGCGAAGAAUUCCUACUUCCUCGUCGCUUUGAGGCAAUUGAGCUCAACGCUGGAACGAGCACUCGAUCCACUUCAAUUUCCUGCUCAGCGACAGACCUUCUCGAGAGUGAUCACGUUACAAUCCGCAAGAUUUCGCUUCAAGACCCGGCCACAGCUAGACGGGAAUACCGGAACAUUAUCCUGUGCAGACUCCUUCCCCAUCCAAAUAUUCUCCCAAUUUCCGAGGCUUAUGAGGUAGAUUCCACAUUGUAUACGGUAUCGGAGCAAAUGGACGGACGGCUCAGUGACAUUGUUGAAGAGCGGUUGACACAUUUCGUGGUGGCCAAGAUUUCACAUCAGAUUCUCGCUGCCGUAGCGAUGAUGCAUCAGAAUGGAAUUGCACAUGGGGACCUGACACUCAGCACGAUUUACGUCAACACUGACGCGGAACUCCGUCUCUCGUCCUAUGGUAAAAGCGACGACUCUUCAGAACAUCUUGACGAGAGAUAUCGAGAUGACCUACUCUCAAUCGGCGCCAUUGUUUCGCGUUUCUUGAUGAACGAGGAGGAAAUGUUCAAGUUCUCCAAGUCCAGAAAUCUCAAAGAUAUCGACUGGAGAGUUGUGCUCGAGGGAAGCAGUGACUCGGGACUUCUUGAUUUCAACGCCCGAUCUCUACUGUUCCAACUUCUUGAAGGACGUCAAUCGGCUCGAGAUUUGCUCCGUCAUCCGUAUUUCAAAUCAUUCCGCGCUCCACAGCACCAAACUGUCGAGCGAAAGCAUACUGUAGUUGGGCAGAAAACUUCUGAUGAAGUUUUAGACAAACUUCGAGAAGAACUUCAACGAUUCAAUCCAUUCAACAUGUCAGAGAUUAUGCUCUGAACAUUUUUUUUUGUUAUUUUUUUUCUAUUAUAACACGGGUUCUGGUCUUCCUCAUUGAAUUUUCCGUGUUUCAUUGACAAUCGCCGCCAAGGCGUGGGAAAGUCGUGUACUCCACACGGACAAAUACAUUUAGUUUUACAACUAAAAUCGAGCCGCGGCGCGCCGUAAAUCUACCCCAGAUAUGGCCGAGCCAAAAUGGCCUAGUUCGGUAAACUCUUCCAUUUCAAUUUAUGAGGGAAGCCAGAAAUCCGUGUUAUAAGAGAUAUAUUCCCCCCACUAGUUCGAGUUUCAUUCCCCCAUCCAUGCGGUUUCUUGUCUGUGGUUCCCGAUUGAGAACGAUAACUUUGA